AUGGGACGUCGGUCUUCAGACACUGAAGAGGAAAGCAGAAGCAAGAGAAAAAAGAAACAUCGGAGGCGGUCCUCUUCAAGAAAAAAAAAAAGAAGCUCUUCAGACAACAGGACUUACAGCCGCAAGAAGGGUGGGAGGAGGCCAGGGUCCGAGUCAAGAUCCUGGUCUAGAGACCACCAGCCUUGCUCACAUUCUUACAAGAGAAGACACAGGCACACAUCAAGCAGCAGCUCUUCCUAUGGCUCCAGAAGAAAAAGAAGUCGUAGUCAUUCCAGGGGCCGAGGAGGGAAAUCCUAUAGAGUUCAAAGUUCUCGGUCAAAAAGCAGAACAAGAAGGUCCAGGUCAAGACCUCGUUCAUGCUCAGUAGAAGCAGUGGAAAGAUCCAGUCACAGAAGAACUCAUAGUAGGUCAAGGGACAGAGACAGACUUAAAGUCCGGGACAAAGAGAAAAGAGAAAAGGAGAAGGAUAAAGGCAAAGACAAAGACAAAGAAGUGCACAGCAUCAAAUGCAGGGAUUCUGGAAACAUUAUAGCUGGAGAGCAUCUGCCUCCAGCUGAGCAGGCCAAAGCCAGACUACAAUUGGUCCUUGAAGCUGCUGCUAAAGCCGAUGAAGCAUUAAAAGCCAAAGAAAGGAAUGAGGAAGAAGCCAAGAGAAGAAAAGAAGACCAAGCCACCCUGGUAGAACAAGUAAAAAGAGUAAAAUAAAUUGAAGCAAUUGAAAGUGAUUCUUUUGUUCAGCAGACAUUCAGAUCAAGUAAAGACGUCAAAAAGGCAGUAGAACCAGUGAAGCAUGUGACUCCAGCAUCUGGACCAGCAUCAGUAGCUGCUGACCCACCCAGCACUGGAAAGGAAAUAGACCCAGACAGCAUCCCCAUGGCUAUCAAGUACUAAGAUGACAAUUCUCUAGCUCAUCCAAAUUUAUUUAUUGAAAAAGCUGAAGCUGAAGAAAAGUGGUUCAAGAGGUUAAUCGCUCUCCGACAAGAAAGGCUGAUGGGCAGUCUCGUGGCCUAAGCAAUAGACUUACGGUUGGAUUGACAGUAACCUUGAAUAUGUAGG